AUGAAGCUCUCUUCAUUCCUCCCAGUUUUCCUCCUCGCCUCUUCGGUUUUGGCGUGCCCAGAUCACGGCGACGUUGAAGACCUUGUUGAGCGCGAUAUCGAGAUCUCUCCAAGAUCCGUUGAACCAGACUUCGAUGCCCUUGUUGCCAGGGACGAAGAAUACGAAUAUGAGGGUACCGAAGAAGGCGAGCUCGAUGCCCGCUCCCUUGACACCGAAGGUGACCUUGUCGCCCGCGCUACUAGCUGCAAUAACGGUGCUGGAGCCGGUGUCUGCGCCAACAAGUCUGGCAAAUGCGCCGGUGGGAAAUUCUAUGCUGGUUUCUGCCCUGGCUCUUCUUCCAUCCAAUGUUGUGUUAAGGGAGCCAAACUCCCAAGCAUCCCGGUUGGCGGAUGUCAGAAAUAUGUCUAUACCAACGGCUACAAGAUCAUGAAGGUUUUCCCAACCUUGAUUUCCAGCGUUGGAUGCAAGGGUUCCCGGGCCUACAAGAGUGACCACGCUGUCGGUAAAGCUUUAGACUUCAUGCUCAAGAAAAUCGCACCAAAUCCAAAUGCCACCAAGAUGGCCGAAUACAUCAUGCGCAAUUACGGUUCUCUCAAGGUCAAGUAUAUCAUCUGGAAUGGAAAGAUCUGGAGCCGCGAACGCAAGGAGACUCCAAAGGCCUGGUCCAAAUGGCGCAAGUACACACCACCAAAGGCUCUUGGCACUGGCUGCAAUGCUCGUCACUGCAACCACAUCCACGUCAGCUUCUUCUAA